AUGUCGGACAUGAAAUCCAAAGAUCUUCCUCCCCCCGAGGAAUCCCUUGAUCCCUUGCCAACCAAUGUCACAGAUAUCGCCCACGGGGUCAACAUGGAGCAUUAUCGGGCAACUGUUCCCUUGUGGAAACGGGUGUGGCAGCACAGCUUGACACAGAUGAUGCUUCUGAGCAUUCAGGCCUUUUGUGGCCCUGCCAUGUCCGACGCAAUCACUGGUCUUGGUGGUGGUGGCCUGGCAACACCUCAAGUAUCAAAUACCACCAACGCCAUCACGUACGCAAUGCUGGCUAUCUUUUGCUUCUUUGGCGGUCCUAUCGUGAACAAGAUUGGUGUUAAGUGGGCGCUUGUCAUCGGUGCGGCCACAUUCCCAAUCCAGGGCUCAGCAUACUAUUGCAACAGCAAAUUCGGAAACCAAUGGUACCUCAUUUUUAGUGGUGCCAUCAGUGGCAUUGGAACAGCCUGCUGGUAUGUGGCCGAGGCGGGAGCCAUUAUGACUCUGGCGCCGUCAGGUGCUCGUGGAAAAUAUCUGGCCCUCUGGAUCGUGUCACGAAAUCUCGGGCAGUUGGUUGGCGGAGCUAUCAAUCUAUCGAAAAACCACGUUAAAGGGGCCGACGGCGGAGUGACUCCGGAUACCUACAUCGCCUUUGUCAUCAUUGAGUGUAUCGCGCUGCCAUUUGCUCUGCUGAUCACCCCCUUCGAGCGGGUCGUUCGCUCAGAUGGCACGAGAAUUGUCACCGCUGAGACCCUUUCUACCAAGAUGGAACUUAAGCGCAUCGCUAAGACCAUGACUUCAAAACUGGUCAUGCUUUCGGCACUGUGGGCACUAUGGUCGUUCUUUUAUGGCGGGACCUGGUCGACCUACUUAGGAACAUACUUCUCCGUUCGCGCGCGCGCCCUUUCUUCACUGAUCUCGCCAUUUUUCUGCAUCGUCGGCUGCUUUGGUCUUGGUUACGUCCUCGACAUGAAGCACCUCAGCCAGCGUCGUCGUGCCCAGCUUGGCCUGUACACCGUCGUGAUCCUCAAUGUUGGCGUUUACAUCUGGUCGAUUAUUAUGCAGACCAAGUUCGACCGCCAUAACCCCGGCCACAUUGAUUGGGAAGACGGACUUUACCCAUCAUCUUUCCUGCCAUACUUCUUCGUGCAGACAACAGGCCCAUUGUCUCAGUCAUACAUGUACUGGCUUAUCUCAUCAUUUGCAACGGAUGCCCAGGAAAAUGUGCGAAAUGGCGCCGCCUUCAGAUCUAUCGAGGCAGUUGGUCAGGCCAUUGCCUACGGCAUGAAUACCCAGACCACUAGUAACCCUCUGGUCGGCUUCUGUGUGACCUUUGGUUUACUUGCUGCAGCCCUGGGCCCAAUGAUAAUGCUUGUGAACACGACCCCUGAUCGAAUUCCUGCUGAUGUCAUCGCGGAGCAACAAGAUGCGGUUCGAGAGAAGAUUGAGCAUGUAUGA